UUGAGGUUAUGUAUUUGAAUGCGUUAAAUCUUAAAAAUUUUGGAUUUUUGGUUGCAUUGUUUUAUGCAAGAGACAAUCUCCAAGAUAAACAUACACCAAAAAUGUUAUGCAAUGUAUUAUUAUUGUAGUCAAACAGAAACUUUUUCAAAUAUAUAACUAUGAGACAUAUACUGUCUCAGUACCAAAGGGAUUUUAUUCUUAUUUCCAUUAUUAUUAUCAAUAUUAUUAUUUUACAGAAAAUGCAAUUAAAAUUGCUAAACAUAUUCCUGUGUCAGUUAUGCAUAUGGCUUGGUGACUCGGCGCCGUCAUUGUCCAAGCUGGAAGGUGUUAUAUCAGCCGAUGAAUCGGUCCAGUCUCUCACCAACAGCAUCGGAAACAGCAUCUACACUAGUGUGGGAAGCGCCUCUCCAUCCGUGCACACUACCGGGAACAACCUCGUGGUUAAAACAAAAGGAGGACAAUCAGAUGUAACACGUGUUUCCGGUACAGGCAGUGAGGACUUUGCUGUUACUAAUACCAUCACUUCUAAGGAUACCGGCAAAAAUUCCUUUGACCAAACAAGUCCAUCUUUUAACGAAAUACAACCAACUUCUAAGGCAAUGAAAACUAUAAGCAAGAAAUCAAUCAAGUCAAAGAAAUCUGGAAAAGGAAAAUUUCUAAAAUCAGAAAAUAACCAGGUAGCGGCUUCAGACAACACGCUCCAGGAGAAGUACACGACCACACCAAUGUCUCCCGUGCUGGUGUCUACACAGGAUCCAUUUUCUGACGGUUUUGAUUUUUUCACAACUACAACGGAAAUGUCCGUAGUCACUGACCUACAGUUUUUUUCCUCUUCACCGGACCCGGUAGGAUCAGAGGGAAAUGGCCCACCAACAACCACAUUCACUCCGUGUUCAGCUAACAUUCGGGCGAAUCCUGUAAACAGAAACGAGUAUCAUUAUCUGACUGGAGCUUUCUCCGGAUACUACAUAAAAUGUCCAGCUGGUCUUCACUUCCGGGAGGAUAGGUGUCGUUGUGACUGGCCUGUGAUGGAAGCUGUUGAAAAUUGCUCCUGUUGCAAAUCUGGUGUGAUGAAACAUGAGAAACACAAAAACAUGUUCAAACGUUUGAUAAAUGGCGUUUGGGUGGACGAUUCAUGUGUGUCGCAGUCAAUGGUUUGGGAUGAUAAAGAGUGCAAAUGUGUUUGGGAUGCAAACAAACCCAUGAAGGAUAUUUUAACCGUUAAUAAACCAUCCAAAAGCUUUCUUCGAUAUAACGAACGAUGUGUUACUCUUUUGAACAUGACCCUUGAUAAAGAAUUGAAAGAUGAAGACGGGAAACAUAUAUCUGGCAGGAAAAUCCACAGCAGGCGAUUUAAGUACACCAAGGGGGCUGUGAACAAGGCCAUGCUGUUUGUGUACACCCCGUUUGAACUACAGUCAUUUAAAGGAAAUAGUUUGGAAAGGAAUAUUUAUAUAAGUUUCAACUUUAAACCAGUCAUUCAGAAUAAAAAGAAAGUCACUCUGUUUUCGAACGGUUGUGAAUCACAUGCAGCGAGAGAAGAGCUACACCCACCCUCCAUUGAAAUCAAUUUCUUUCCACACAAUGAGACCAUGCAGUUUACAUUCAGGACGGAAUCAAAAUCAUUGGAUAUCUAUAGAAAGCCGAUGAGGGACCCCUAUGAUUGGUAUAGAGUAAGAAUGUAUCUACAAGAUAAAGUGCUGACAAUUAUCGUCAACAACGAGGUUCUUUACCAGUCAAAUGGAUUAAAUGGUAAAAUCAUAACCACAAACUGUAACUUAAUAGUCGGAGGAUCCCCAUUUACCAAUGACCAGAAAUAUAUGGGAUACAUGGAUGAGAUAUUGAUAGUGAAGCAAUGUCCAUAUGCCAAAAUAAACAACCUGGGACCGCAGACUGGCUGAGUGACUACCUGGACAACGAGAACGAUAUCAAGCUCCCAUUUGAUACCAUUUUGCUGUGGUUGUCACAGAAUUUCAUACCUCUGGCUUUUAAUGAGAGGUUUUUCAAUUGCCAAGUUCUGUCUCUUUUUCAUAUUUCUGGUGACCGGAUCAGAAAUACGUUUAUAAGCAACCAUCGCUUUCUGGUUUGCGUGCAUUUACUGUACCAGGGCCCAAUUCUGCAGAAAUUUGAAAUGAUUUCAAACCUGAAGUGCAAAUGUAGCCACUAUGCAGUGAGGAAUUUGUGACAUUUAAGAAAUCCAUAUAACUUUUGUAAAUAAUUUGUAAAUUAAUCUAAUAUAUGUCAUCAUAUCUGAAUGUUUUAAUAUUUGCAUACAUUUGCACUGUGAUAGUCGCUUAAUUAUUCAUUGUUUAACGUGUUAUAUAAUACUUGAAUUUUUAGUAUAUUUCUCUCCAGUAGAAAAACUUCAAUCUCUGCGAGCUGAUGGCCAUUGCUAUAAAUCAAAAAUGCCAUAUGUUUUUAUCUGACAAAACCUCAACCAGAACACGAUAUCAUUAGAAUAAAAGGUUAAUAUAUUAAGACAUUAUUGGCAACCUAUGAUCAAUUAAUUUUCUUUUCUCUAAUUGUUAUGAUUGAUUACCCAUAGAGUAACAUACACAAUCGGUCAAUAUUCCCAAAAUGUCUGAUUUUCAAGAAUGGCCUUUGGUGUAUUGUGACAUGUACUCAAUAUUGAAGCCACUGCAAUCUUUGACACUCUGCUAUACAACAUACCAAAUCCAUUUUUAUUUUUCAUGUCUCAAUCAUGUAUGUUUGUCAGUUGAGAAAAUAUAUUUAGACAAGGCGUUUUUCUAUUCCCUUGACCCUUUAUAAAGAACAGAUUUCUACUUUGUGUCUUUGUGACAUAUUUGUAUAGUGAUUUACAUUCUGAGCCUUGACAGGCCACAACAUGUACGGUAUUAAAGCUGUUCUAUAUUUGUCAACAAGUUAAUGUAUCUGGAGAUUUUGUAUAUAAGACAGAGAGAGGGAGAGAGUAGUCAUUAGAAUAGCACAGAUUUUCAUAACACGUUAUACAUGUUUAAAUCAUCCUUAUUCAAUUAUAAAACAUUGUUUGUGACAUAGGCACUGUUCUGUACAUAAACGCCAUGGAGCCAUGUGUAAAUUAAUGUCCAUGAAUGUUGAAGUGCCAUGUAGUACUAUGUGCAGUAUUGGUUUUAGCAAACUAUCAACUUACAGCGUCUGUCAUGCUCGUCCAAGUUCUAUCAUGUGUAAAUAUAGUUCAUACACACUUCUGUGAUACACUUAGAUAACAUAGCAAAUAAAUUGAUUGUUCCAAGUA